AAACGAUGCUCCAGACAAGAUGACCGCCCAAGUACCGUUAAUGUCAAACCUCUACACGCAAAGAACAGCGACCAGUGAAGCACCGUGUUUCGUGUGUUCAAAAUUCUGCAUAACUGUAUUGACAAAUUCUGUAGACUGGUUUUAUGUUUGUCCCAGCCACAUUAGCGAUGCAGGCUUCUGCAAACCAGCAUCCGCACCGUCAAGUUCGCCAAAACCUCCGCGCUCCGUCACUUCCCCCUCCUCCCAAAUCUCUGUAGCAUCUCGGCCGUCGACUCCGUCGCAAGGACAACAACAAAAGCCGAGCAAGGACACUGAUGUAAGUCAGCCCGCUGAAAGCGGCGGGCUGCUGUCUACAAUAACACAAACGCUGGGACAAACACUUGGAUUGUCAUCUGCACCGCCUGCCACUCCUCAAGCGCCACCAGAGGCACAGCCCGAAGAGAAGGCCAAAUCUCAGCAAGCAGUUGCGAAACCUGCACAAUACAUUUUGACAAACAAUAUCUAUUAUCUUCGAGAAGCGCAGCAACGUAAAAAAGCUCAGCAGCGUGUCGCAAGUCAAGUAACUUCGCAGAUGCCUUCAGUCCCUCGGUCAAAUGUAUACUGAAAAUACACACAAGUCCCGGCUUGUAUCUUUUUAUUGAUUGAUCCAUUUUUAUUUACAUACACACGCUUUCUCGUUUUCUUUACAAAGGACAACCUAACAUACGGUGUGAGCGGAAUACUUUCUACAUAUAAUGGCACUACUCUGACAUAUUCUACAUUGUUUUCCAUCGAGUCAGCGCUCUAUACAAGUUCAUAGCCCAAACUUGGAAACUACAGUCCCUAUACGAGUCUGUAUCUGUUUAAACAUGUCCAACAGCGCUCCAGCGAUUUGGCCGGCGUCUGUGGGAGGUGCCGUACCCGUGCGAGGUAUUUGCGCAGUCCCUCCAUUAGGCGUCGCUGUCGGCGUACCACG